AUGUCCGGCCAGCAGGAAGAGGACCUCAUCGACUACUCCGAUGAGGAGCUCCAGACAAACGAGACGGCCGCCGCCUCCAACGGCAAGAAGGGCGCUGCCGAUGCCGCUGCCACUGGUAACAGUGUCGACAAGAAGGGCAGCUACGUCGGCAUUCACGCCACCGGUUUCCGCGACUUUCUGCUGAAGCCCGAACUUCUUCGUGCCAUCGGUGAUUGCGGCUUCGAGCAUCCCUCGGAGGUAUAUGGAAGUGGCCUCGUCCGUUUCUUUCCAGAGAGCAUGGUCGUCAUCGUCGCCGCCUUGGGGACUGAGGCGGCCCACGUCGUCUCUGUGACCCCAAGGGCGCAGACACCUGUUAGGGCUGUUUCUUGCCAGACAAAGUCUCCCGCAUCGCGCGUCGAGAGCUCGAGAAGAACCCGCCACGCCGACUCGCACGCCGGCCUCAGUCAGGUCGGAUGUGCAGAGGCGGCGAACGUCCUGUGCGACUUGGCCCUCCUCGGUGGUGACAUCAUCUGCCAGGCCAAGUCUGGUCUCGGAAAGACGGCCGUCUUUGUCCUGACGACCCUCCAGCAGGUCGAGCCCGUCGCUGGCGAGGUCUCCGUCCUCGUCAUGUGCCACACUCGUGAGCUGGCCUUCCAGAUCCGCAACGAGUACAACCGCUUCAGCAAGUACAUGCCCGAUAUCAAGACGGGCGUCUUCUACGGUGGUACGCCCAUCCAGAAGGAUGUUGAGACGAUCAAGAACAAGGACACCUGCCCUCACAUCAUUGUCGGCACCCCCGGUCGUCUGAACGCCCUCGUCCGCGACAAGGUGCUUCGCCUCGGCAGCGUCAGGAUCUUUGUUCUCGACGAGUGCGACAAGAUGCUCGACCAGAUUGACAUGCGUAGGGACGUACAGGAAAUCUUCCGGGCCACGCCCACCCAGAAGCAGGUCAUGAUGUUCUCGGCCACUCUUUCCGACGAGGUCAAGCCCAUCUGCAAGAAGUUUAUGCAGAACCCGACCGAGCACUACGUCGACGAGGACACGAAGCUCACGCUCCACGGUCUUCAGCAGUACUACAUCAAGCUCGAGGAGCGUGAGAAGAACCGCAAGCUCAACGAGCUCCUCGACGACCUGCAGUUCAACCAGGUCAUCAUCUUCGUCAAGAGCACGCUGCGCGCCACCGAGCUUGACAAGCUGUUGCGCGAGUGCAACUUCCCCUCGAUCGCCGUGCACUCGGGCGUGUCGCAGGAGGAGCGUAUUCGCCGCUACAAGGAGUUCAAGGACUUCAACAAGCGCAUCUGUGUCGCCACGGACGUCUUUGGACGUGGUAUCGAUAUUGAGCGUAUCAACCUGGCCAUCAACUAUGAUCUGCCCGGUGAUGCUGAUUCGUACCUCCACCGCGUCGGCCGUGCCGGUCGUUUCGGCACCAAGGGUCUCGCCAUCUCCUUUGUCAGCACUGACGGCGACAAGGAGGUGCUGGCCGCGAUCGAGAAGCGCUUCGAGGUCGCUCUUCCUGAGUUUCCCAAGGACGGCGUCGAUCCCGCCACGUACAUGGCCUCUUAGGCUCUUUCGUAUGACGUUUGGGUCUUCUAGCUGCGCUGCUGUUUUAUGUGCUUGUUUUUUUUCGAGGAAGGAAUUUCGGGUACAGGGGUCUGCUUAGGUUGUUCGACACGAGGGAUGGGUCGCAACGGGGGAAAGAUUAAAAAAAGGCAGUCUCAACCAUUCAGUCCUUCGGCGUACGGGGUGCCGUCCCAAUGUCACAGGACGUCUGGAUGCGUGUCAAGUCAGCAAAAAGACCAAAAUACCAAGAACCCCCGCGCAUGUGAUUCGAUUGCUCGGUCCACACACACAGGGGUGCUGGAGAUGCCUAUAGAACUGAUCGGCCUUCUGAUGCAGGGCUUAGGCUUAGACAAUACAAAGGCAGACCUCAUCCCAUUG